AUGCAUCGCUUAGCCGUACAACUGUCUUGCUUGGCUAGACGCGAUUGACUUGGAAUUGAUGCUCAUGAAGUCUUUAGCGAACGGUCUGCGCAGUCAAUCUUCUGACAGCUCUUUUACUUAAUUCGUGCUUCCUUCUGCAAACUCUUGCCGCUGAAGCAUUUUAUUUCACAGAUUUUGGUUUUUGUUUGCUGUCGCUGUUGAGAUGACGUUAAUUCGGACUCGUAUUUCUCUUUGGAAAGACUGCUGCAGUUUUCCACUUCAUGAAACGCUCGGUUUUGUUGCCUUAAGCACUCGCCAUUCCCUCUGAGUUCGUCGUGACUCACCGUGAUGCUUGCAAGAAUUCGUCAUAGUCGAGAUUAAAUGACCACUCUCAUGCACACGAAUUCGGUCUAUUUAGGACUUCCUAGUCCACGGGAGGCAUAAAUUCUUGCAGGAUUUCGAAGGACUCUCCCAUUCCUUGUCGGAAGAUGGAAAGGGUUGCCGUGUUGAGGCUGGAUAUUUCGCAACUGCUGCCGAGGCGAAAGAACGCGGAUCAUAGAUACGAGGAGGAUGACACACAGAUUGCUGUGCCGAGUACUCUUUCGGAUUUCUCGUCCAGUCCGAGAAAAGCGUUUUCUAAAGAAGCAUUUAAGGAGUCUCCAUUGGGAGAAGUUCGAGCUGCGGUGCCCUUCGUCUGGGAGUCGAUUCCGGGAACACCUAAGAGAGACCUGGACACCGGUUCUGUUGAUGCAGGUGGGCUUUCCGAUGGUAACGAGGAGACCAGGAAUCGGGACCUUAAUUUAUCAAGCAGCUCGGGUGGUCCGGAGAGUCCAUCAUGGAAUUUCUCGAAUGACGAGUUUGAAUGUAGAAGUACCACUGACAGGGUUGCGGAACCUUCUAUGUCUACAACUGAAGAAAAGUUUAUCAAUGGUCGAUCCAAGCCCUUAGCUCUUCCACCCCGGCUGCAGGCGGUUAAGCAGCUAAGAAACUCGGAUUUUUCUCGCGCUGAUGACUCUUUUAGUGGUUCCUUCAAAGGCUGCCAUUCUCCACAGUCACCUCCAUUGCCACGGGCGUUGAAGGCAGAACCCAAGCUGAUAUUAUGUGGAUUCCCAAUACCUGUCGAGGGCGGGCAAGGGGAUGUGAUCAUCUUAGGAAUGCAGGAACGAAAGCAGAGACUCAGGUCCUUCUCGCCGUUACGAUUAAUCAAUAGAGAAAGCUCCGAGGAGAGUCAUCAUUCCUCAGAGACAUAUUUCUGCAGUGAUUCUGUUUCGUCUGCAUCCUCUUCUUCUUCUUCUUCUUCUUCUUCGUCUGGAAGUGGAAGUCACGCCGAUUCCUAUCGAAAUCCGUGGGAUUCCCCCGAAGAGAAAAAGCACACCGCGACUACACUCAGAGACUUCAUGCUUCCAUGUGGAGAGCUCGAGGAUUCAAAAACAUCAGGAAUCAAUCCGAUUGUGCAGGCGAAGGUCAAGCCUCGAAUAGUGGAGUCGAGGCGUGAGUUGUUAAAGAAAAACCAGGAGAGUGCAUUCACUGGAGAAGCAAAGAUAGAUGGAUUAAGCGGGACACGAGCACCCCAGUCGCAACAUUCUCGUUCCAUUACAACAUCACGGCUUACAGUAUCACCUUCAAUUGGUAUUCACGGAAAGUCUUCGAGGAAGGAGCAUAUGGGCAGGGCCCUUUUUGCAAACAGGUUUGGAAUGGUAUGCAACUGCUUGGGGAUGACACCAGAUAGUCCUUAAAAUCUCCGCCUCACUUACUAUAGCCACAAAUUGAAGAGUCACCUGCAUAAUCACUAUUAGAUUUGCACUGUAAUUGCUGGAGCUCCUCAGGGAAACAAUCUUGCGCUAGAGAACGCCAAUGGCUCAAGAUCGGCAACGCUAAAAGCCGAGGGAAAGUUGCACAACGGAAUGUGCAAUUAUAUUAUCGUGAAACUUUGAGAUUGUGUGUUUGGUAGAUAAAUACAACACAGGUGAUACUUCUUUCACUAAUGCAUUGCUCGAAGUUGGAAGUUAUAUGGAUUUUGGACAAGAUCGGGUCGGAUGAGUAAUGCUUUGCUUUACAAAAGAGGUGCACAGCCUUCUGGUUAAUUUUUCUGAUGAAAUUCGUAAUUUAUUUUGAGACUCUAGCUGUGGAA